UUGUGACAGGUUUUCCAGGAGAUCCUCUUCAGCUAGAUCCUUGCAGUCAAGACUUACACGGGAGCUAUGAACCACGAAAGUUCCCAUAUGAGGAAUACCAGAGCUUUGAAAACUGAGGGAUAUUUUGAGGUGACUAUGAGAAGAUGAGGAAGCAAAACGUGCGGACACUCGCCUUGAUUAUCUGCACUUUGUCCUAUUUACUCAUUGGAGCGGGAGUCUUUGACGCUCUGGAGUCAAAGCAGGAGGAAAGCCAGAAGGGCAAACUUGAUAAUCGAAAAUUUCAACUCAUGCACAAAUAUAAUCUCACCAGAUUUGACUUUGACCGAAUUGAAAAGGUUGUGUUGCUUCUGAAACCUCACAAAGCCGGAGUCCAGUGGAAGUUCGCCGGGUCUUUUUACUUCGCCAUCACUGUGAUAACGACCAUAGGUUAUGGCCAUGCUGCCCCCAGUACGGAUGCUGGGAAAGCAUUCUGCAUGGGGUAUGCACUUCUGGGCAUCCCCCUCACCCUGGUGAUGUUCCAAAGCCUGGGCGAACGUAUCAACACUGUCGUCCGCUUCCUGUUGCACAAAGCCAAGAAAUGCAUUGGUCUGCGGCGUCCAGAAGUCUCCAUGGCCAACAUGGUUAUCAUAGGCUUCUUCUCCUGCAUCAGCACCUUGUGUGUGGGAGCAGCUGCCUUCUCCCACUACGAAGGUUGGAGUUUUUUCCAUGCCUUCUACUAUUGCUUCAUCACCCUCACCACCAUUGGUUUUGGGGACUACGUGGCCCUUCAGAAGGACAACGCUCUCCAGAAUGACCCUCAUUACGUGGCCUUUAGUUUUGUCUAUAUCCUGAUGGGCCUCACAGUAAUUGGUGCUUUUCUCAAUCUAGUGGUGCUACGGUUCAUGACCAUGAACAUGGAAGAUGAGAGAAGGGAUGCAGAGCAGAGGGCUCUCCUCUCCAAAGAUAAGCAAAAAGCCCCUCCUCCACGCCGCACAGACCCUCCAACCCCUGUUGCCAUGGGACGAGACAAAAGGCGAGGACUGAAGAGUGUCUAUGCAGAGGUGCUUCACUUCCAAACAGUGUGUUCUUGCCUGUGGUACCGAAGCCGGGAGAAAAUAGUGAUCUUUCCGCAGGAUCUGUCCUUCAGUGGUGCGCUAAUGGAGCAAGGAGAUAUUUCGCCCCACCUCUUCUUUGAACGUGGCCCCACGGGCUGUGUGUGCAACCCCCAGCGCUGCUCAACCAUUAGCACUGUGUCCGCUGACCUGAGAAACAUCUCGCCAUUUAGGCUCUUUUCCAAGAGACGCAGCUCUGUCUGAAUAACCUCAGGUUCUUGUUAGGAGCCACUGUAAAUGUGUAUUGUUUUACAUAAUUUCUUUUCAUAGAUACAGAUGCUUGAAUGGAUCACCCAAGGUUGAGGUGGAACGCUAGAUGUUUUUUGCAGUUAUUAACUUAUAAAAGAACACUAUAACCUACAUCUAUACUCUAUCAUAUCACUUUUUGUUUGAUGACUAUUAAUGAGAAUUCCAGUGGACUUCUACUUCAAAUAACUCAGAUAACUCAAAUAAGACCCUAAAAGGGUGCAAUAUACAGUAUUUUGGCCAUUCUGGACUAAAAAAGAAUGUCUAAAAAAACACAUCUAAUCUGUAAUAUUAUUUAACUUUGUUUAGAUGGCAUACUCAUGGUAUUAUUACGCCAUUGGUUUGUCAUUUUUUUUUUUUUUUGUUUUGCAUUUUUUACAUUCCUUUUGAUUGUUUUCAAAUUACUUAUUUGACAAUGGCAUGUUGACCAAACUAUAUCUGACACCCUUUAUUAAAUAUACUAUGAUUAAAUACUAUGACCCCAUGAAAUCGCUUGAUGAACACAUUUAUAUUUCCUGUGUUGACGCAUUUCCUAUUGAAACAGGAAAUUGAUGUGGGACAUAACGAAGUGCUCAUCCUAUGAAAUCAUUGCUGACGAACGCAGUACAUUCCUGUGUUGACUUACUUCCUAUUGAAACAUGAAGUUCAGGAGGGAUAUAACGAAGUGCUUUUCCCUUUUUAAAAAUAGCCAGUAGCCUUUAAUUGACAUCAGAGCCAUGAACCAUAAUUUGAUUUUUUCUCCCUUUUUCACCCAAUUUGGAAUGCCCAAUUCCCAGUGUGCUUUUUUAAGUCCUCGUGGUCACGUAGUGAUUCGCCUCAGUCUGGGUGGUGGAGGACGAAUCCCAGUUGCCUCCGCGUCUGAGACCAUCAACCCACGCAUCUUAACACGUGGCUUGUUGAGCGCGUUGCCACGGAGACAUAGUGCGUGUGGAGGCUUCACGCCAUCCACCGUGGCAUCCGCGCUCAACUCACCAUGCGCCCCACCGAGAACGAACCACAUUAUAGCGACCACGAGGAGGCUACCCCAUGUGACUACCCUCCCUAGCAACCGGGCCAAUUUGGUUGCUUAGGAGACCUGGCUGGAGUCACUCAGCACUCCCUGGCUCUUUGCUAUUUCUAAUGAGAACUAGGUUGUACCAGGAGGAGGGGAUGUUUUCAUUCAGGGUAGAACUUUAUUGGACAAAUAUUUAGAUAUGCCUGUGAGUGCAAGCUGCGGCAUCAAUAUUUUUGGCCCAUUUUCACGAAACAGAGAGACUUUACAUUUUAAAUGCAUAUAUAUACUAAACCUUAAUUUUAUCCAUCAUAUAGAUGCCCUCAAAGCUAAAAUCAAUUUUGAUUUUAUGGGGUCUUUAAAUGUGAUAUAUGAUGAAAGAUAUUGUUGCCAGACUCUACCCACUCCAAUACUGUAAUUAGUCUCCUGUAAAGUGCUGUACUAGACUUCAAGAUGACCAACAAAAUGAAACACCUAUUAGAUAUUUGUUGAUCCAGAUGGCACACCAACAUGACUCCUACUCUUUGCCCACCUCUGUACAGAUUGUUAAAGGAAUAUCUAAUCUAACCUUUUGAAGCCUCUUACAGUAUAUUAACUGGGUGGAAGUCAUACGAAGUGAUAAAAUGGUAUUUCAGACCGACAGAGCAAAGUUGUCUCCACACAAUGAUAUUUGCGCAAAUCUCACUGAGAAACCAUAUCCUGCCCAGUGCCAACACCUGGACAAGGGAAUUGUAUUAGACUAUUGAACCUGGAGUACUUAAUCACCCUUGCUGUUUAGCACCUACAGUAAAUGUCAGCUUUGAAGAUCAAGUAUAAGUGUGACCUCGGUCUGAACUGCGGCUCUGGGAAAAAUAGCAGUUCUCCCAUACGUGCUCUGACAGUUCUCCAAGUGCUCUCAGCAACGAUCUGGACAUCAUGUCCUGUGAAUCCCCCAUGACUCAGAGAGGCCUUGCUGCUCAGGCUAUGUUUGGCCCACACUGGAGAGUGUGCCAUCUUCACAUCCUGCCAAGGAGAAAGCGCUUUGUGCCCAAAACUUUGCCUUCAGCUAUUAAACAUGCAUGACACAGUGACAGAAGGAACGACAUUACAACAAAUGCCUGUACUGCCCCCCAUGGUGGCGGCAUCUGUUGCUCUUCCUUCUAUAUUUUUUUUUUUUUUUUUUUUUGAUUUGGCAUCUACAGUACGCCCAUGAGAAAGGUAAAAAAUAUCUUUGUCAAUGGGGGUAGGACAUAGUGUACAGUGCAUUUAUGUUUCUAUUUUCAUCCUUACUUAAGAAACCAGGUCAAAAAUAUCUCUUUGCUGAUUGGAAUCUCAAAAUAAUUCAUUUGAGACUCAUUCCUAUUUUGUCCAUGGAUCUGAGAGGAAAUUCCUGCUUAUUUGACAUCAUACUAGGCACAUUAUUUGCAUGAAUUAAUACUUUUUUUGUAUUGGUUUAUUUUGUUGUAUUAAAACUUCAAAAAGAUAUUGGAAAUUUGAGUCACUUAUGGAACUAGGAUUAGAUAUUAAUAUGUAUUUUCACUUAACACAGUCUGUACUGUAAAAGGUCUUAAAGAAAUGUUCUGGGUUCCAUACAAAUUGCUUUUAGCACAGAAAAUCACAUUGAUAACAUAUAACUUGAAAUACAUCCACCCAGAAUAGAAGCCCACUGCUAAAAGGAUGAUUUAGACAUUUUUACUGCUCAAAUAAUACAUAUAUGAUCAGGGGCAGACUGGGAAGAGAAAUCGGCCUAGGAUUUUACAUAGAAACUGGCCCAAAAGUUGUUGGGGGGUCCUUUUUUGCAUAUCACUGCCCCCUUCGGCAUAUGCUUUUGUUGUAAUUAUUGCUUGUUUUGCUGCAAGCCUAUUGUGAGCUCUUUAAAAUGGCUGUGGGAGUAUUCUUGUCAGAGGGGUCACAUAAAUGCACUUUGAUAAGAAAUCAUCUGCAAAACAAAUAUAAAGGAAAUUUGAAAAAGUAAAAAAAGGGUAGCCUAUUUCUGCAAUAUCCAAUAAAGUUAUUUUUACACCACGCUCUAUCGUUUUAUAUUGUCUUUGUAUUUUUUGGGGUGCGUCGAUCCAUUUGGCUUUCAUAAUAGAAUGACGAGAUGAUCCGCACUCCGAUAGUAAACGACUAAUGUUUUUAUUAAUAUUUAUUUUAUUACGUGUCGGCGCACAGGCCUUACUCAAUGUGUAAAACAAUCAUCAUAUUCACCCUCUUUUUUAUAUACAAACCACAUCUCUGUAGAUUCAUUACAUGACUUUACCUAUUCAUUGAAUAUAUAUUAUUGAAUAUAUUCAAUCAUGAUUUGUCACAAGAAUCAAUUAAACGAUCACCAGGUGCUAACAAUAAAAGACACACAAUUAACUCUCAAUACAAUUUACUGACCCAGAUACAACUGAAUGCAAAUUUACAAAAUCACAACAUGUCACACACACUCACGUAUUACAAAAUAUACAUGAUUUUAUACAAUCACUAAACAACAACAGUCAAAUGUGAUCCACUCAUUGAAACAUCAGGUAUAGGCCUAUGCCGUCAUUAAUCAAUGUUAGUGUUCACAUUUUGAAUUUCUGUUGAUGUCCUAUGCCAAAGAAUAUAUAUCGUCAGUGGAAUGUAUAAUUAUAGCCUAAUUUGAUCAAAGGAAAAUCGAUAGGUCUAGUUCUCCAUUCAGAUUAUUUGGGGCUAGUGCUUUAAGUGUAUAUAUAUAUAUGUAUAUAUAGUCAGGGUUGGUAGGGUUACUUUUGAAAUGUAUUCCACUACAGAUUACAGAAUACAUGCUGUAAAAUAUAAU